CCUUUUAACUUUCAAGUGACUAGAAUCAUUAAUAACUUCUUUAACCAUAAAGGUUCUCUUGAUGACAUUCAUAAUAUUCUAAUUUCUUCCAUUUCCUAGUUGAUGUAACCUUUACUUUUUUGGUUAGGAUGAAAAUUUUUGCCAAAUUCUCUCUCAAGCUAGUGUUUUUACCAAACAACAUGGCUUCCUUUAAUAUCUCUGCGACCUCAUCAUCCCUGGUUUUUUUCAUCAUCAUCAUCCUUUUAUUAGCUCAAGUUCCAACCUUAUCAAGUUCAAGCAAUGACAACUAUAUGGUCUGCAGCAAACAAUUCCAUUGUGGGAACCUCAAAAAUGUUAGCUACCCUUUUUGGGGAGGUGACAGGCCUGAGAAUUGUGGGCAACCAGGGUUAAAGUUAACUUGCCUGGAAGAUGAAGAAACCCAGAUCACAAUCAUGUCAGUAAGUUACAAAGUCAUCGAAAUCAACAUGGAUAUACAAGCUUUCACUGUAGCCAGAACUGAUUAUCUUCAAAACCUUUGUCCCCAAACCCUGCUCAAUACCACCUUGAACUUCAACCUUUUGAGUUAUGCUUGGAACCUUGAGAACAUAACAUUGUAUUACCAUUGCCCUUUGAUUUCCAACAUAUCUUCAGGGUUUCCAAGUCUGUUUAACUGCAGCACCGGCAAUGGAACAGAUAUGGUGAACUACUAUGUUAUAGCAUCUGUUCUGGGCAACCUUUCAACUGAAGUGAAAGAUGGGUUGAGAUCUUGUGAUAGCCAUGUGAUUGUUCCAGCUUUUUAUACUGCAGUUGAGACAAUCAAGAGCAACCCAACUCCAGACACUUUGGUUUUGCCACUUGGUAAUGGAUUUGGAUUGAAAUGGGAUGCAAAUAUAGCUUCCAAAUGUGAAGACUGCAAUGGUUCUGGUGGUAGGUGUGGAUAUAAUAAGAGUUCGAAUCAAUUCACUUGUUAUUGCCCAAAUCAUACUGAUGCAUCAACUUGUCUUUUAUCAGGGUCAUCUGAAGGUGCCGGUUUGAAGAUUAAACUAAUCAUAGGGUUUGCAGUGGUUGGGGUUACUGUUAUGGUAAUUUGCCUUGUGGCGUUUGCCUUGAAGCUUAAGAAAGGAUCGUUGUCAAGUGGGAAGCUGAUGAAUUUACAGCCGAAUAUAAGUAAGAACACUAAAAGGGUAGAAGCAUUCAUCAUGAGAUACGGGUCAGAGCUUGCUCCAAAGCGAUAUUCUGAUUCAGACAUCAAGAAAAUCACCAAGUCGUUCAAAGACAAGCUCGGCGAAGGAGGAUUCGGCACUGUCUACAAAGGCAAGUUGCCUGACGGUCGUCUUGGAUUUUGUUAUGAGAGUUCGAUGAGAGCUUUGUUCUAUGAAUUCAUGCCGAAUGGAUCAUUGGAUAAGUUUAUUUACCAGCACGGAUCGCCGGAUAAAAUUUGUAUGCUAAACCGGAAAACAUUGUUUGAAAUUGCUGUUGGCAUUGCUAGAGGACUAGAAAAUCUACAUCGAGGAUGUAACACCAGGAUUUUGCAUUUGGACAUAAAACCACAUAACAUCCUGUUAGACGAAAACUUCGUUCCCAAGAUUUCAGAUUUCGGUCUUGCUAAGUUAUGCGAGCGGAAGGAAAACAUUCUUUCAUCGAUAACUGCUCGAGGAACAAUAGGAUACAUUGCUCCAGAACUAUUUUGUCGAAACUUUGGAGGCAUUUCUUACAAAUCCGAUGUUUAUAGUUACGGGAUGAUGGUCCUUGAAAUGGUUGGAGCAAAGGAAAGCGUUCAUGCCGGAGGGUCUCUAACAAGUGAAAUGAACUUUCACUCAUGGAUUUACAAACAUCUCCCACAAGAUGCAUUCAAUCUUGAAGGAAUCACAGCAGAAGAUGAAGAAAUAACUAAGAAGAUGGUUAUAGUAAGCUUAUGGUGCAUUCAAACUAAUCCAUCAGACCGACCGUCGAUGACGAAAGUGCUAGAGAUGCUACAAGGAAAUCUUCAAUCAUUAGCAAUUCCACCAAGACCUUUUCUGUUUUCUCCUCAACAAUCGCCCCCAAACACCUCGUCUACAAUAUCAUUAUUUGCAUCAUCCAUUACCAUGAACACCGAAUAACUAGACCACGGUAAAUUUUUUUCCUUUUUAUUAUUAAAAAAUUAACUUCUUUUACCUUAUAGAAAAUUUUUAAUGCAUGUAUAUUUCAUUAGAGUUGUUUGGAUCAGAUCAGAUACCGAUCAAACUAUUAUACAAGUAAAAUAAUGAACAUUUGUUCAAA